AUGUUAAAUGGUAGCCAACAAGUCCAUGCGUGGACUCGAAACAAUUAUAUGAAUGAAAUUGAUUUUUGGGAAAACGAUCAACUACAAAUGAGCGACGGUAGUUGUAUUGGAACUGAUUCACAAUCGAUGUUUCAUGAUUGGAGUCUCAUCAAUUGCUCCAAUUAUAAUUAUUUUAUUUGCAGUCGACCCGUUAGUGAAGGUAUAGCAUUUGAAUCACAAAGCAUUGCUUGCAUCGAUAAUGAAUUCGAAUUUUCAUGUCCAAUCGGAGGCUCAAUACAUGUCGACUUUGCUGCAUAUGGAAAUAAUGGGAAACACAACAAAAUAUGCUUACCUUCUACACCAGUGAAAACAAUUGUUACAUAUUGGGAAGAAUGUGUACAUCCGUCCAGUCUGCAAACAAUGAUUAGCAUGUGUCAGGGUCUCACGUAUUGUCGGAUCAAAAAUCUUCCGUCACUAUUUUCGGAUAGUCCUUGUUUGCCUACAACACCUAUCAGUUUACAAUAUCGAAUGCGAUGUUUGUUUGAACCAAUGACCAUAUGCUCUCCGCGAGCAAUCUAUCAGAAUGGACGGUGCUAUGUCCCAUAUGCAACAGAAAAACCGCUUUCAUUCUACAAAGCGCAAAGACAAUGUCGCAAAGAAGGUGGACAGCUGGCUUUUUUAGUUGGUCGAUUUGCGCGGAACAAAAUUGCUUUAACUGUACGAAAGCAAGCUCGUAAUGUUGAAAGUUCUUGUUAUUGGAUGAAUGGACUUGGAAGGUACAACUCGUUUUGUAAAUGCUACCGUAUAACUAAUAAAAGCGCUUUUUGGAGUCAGAGAAGUUGUAAUAGCACUCAGCAAUGGGUUUGUCAAUUUGCGCCAAAGACACAAUCUACUGAAACACAGCACACUAUUUUUAAUGGAUUAUCGAAUAUUGAAAAGAGCCGUUCAUUCUGCGAGGAAUACGAGUGGAACGGUGUGAUUAUACCACGUACGUUAGCUUGUAGUGAAACACAAAUACCAUGUCCGGAUCAUGAAAAUACAAUCGGUGUAACAACACAAAAAUGUAGUUGUGAGUCAAAUGGAUGGGAAGGAAAACCGAAUACAACAAAUUGCACCCAUAAGUGGAUCGGAUUAUUGAAUCAAUUAAUAGAUAAUGAGACAUCUGCGGAAGAUAUCAGUCAAAAAUGGGCUCAAUUUUUGCAAAAUUCAGCUAAGCAAAUAUUAUUUGUUGGUGACUUAGUGGGCAGUAUCGAAAUUAGCAAAAAACUGUUAUCAUUAGCAAAAAUGCAAUAUGCAAAAUUGGAUGACAAAGUGGAACAGAACAAAAAAGCUAUCGAAUUCAUAGAGACGGUUGGUAAAGCGGGGAAUGAAUUACUGAGUGAUCAUGCGGCAACAGUUUGGAUGAAUUUACCGGAUGAUAUUCGAAUAAGUAAAAUAUCUUCAUUGAUAUCAGAACUGGAAAAGAGUGUUACAUUCAUGGCUCACCUUAUCAUCGAAAAACAAAAGAAAAUUGAAUACAGCAAUUGGGCUUUUGAAGUGCAGGUAAAAAACUCAACUCCUGAAGCGGUUCAAUCUAGUCAUGCCGAUAGCAAUGAAAAAUCAAAAUUGGUUCACCGAUCUCAUAUGUUUAGUGCUCCAUUCUUUAGUGAUACAAUUAGUUCAAAUUCUGAUGAUGUAAUUUUUGAUGAACCCAAUGGAAAUGUCACUUUCAACUUCUCGCUGUCACCAGUGCUCUUAAUGCCACCAUUGGAAAUACUUCGAAAAUCGACGCUGGUCACAUCUGUUCAAUCUACACCAACUCUCUUUGCACAACCUCGUUCACGACCUACUCUGUCGAGUGAAACUCCACUUGUUUUGGCUUAUUAUGUGUUCAGAUCUGUGGGAGCAUUGUUAAAUACUAAUAAAACUACCAUUACAAACAGUCUUGUAAUUGGCGCUAGUGUAAAUGAUCCAGCAAGUUCCAUUCCGCUACCGGAAAAUUAUCCGAUUACUUUCAAAUUUUAUCAUAUUAGAACUAACGGAGUGAAUAAUCCGCGAUGCGUUUUUUGGGAUACUUUCAAGAAAAAUUGGAACAAAGAUGGAUGCAAAAUAUUACGUACAAUGAAUAAUUCAACUGAAUGCGCUUGUACACAUUUGACUGGUUUUGCCAUUUUAAUGGACAUAGCUGGAUUGUAUGAUCAUGAUGAUAAAUCAAUCGUUAAUGAAGUUUUAAAUUUCACUACCACUAUUGGUUGUAUAUGUUCAAUUGUAUGUCUCUUCUUUGCUUCACUCAUUUUCAUAUGCUUCAGAUCUUUAUGGAAUGUCCGUCAUAUGAUUCAUAGUAAUUUGUGUUUUUGUUUACUACUAGCUGAAUUAAUUUUUGUAAUUGGAAUAAAUAGGAUUGAAAAUAAAACAGUAUGUCGUGCUAUUGCUGUAGCACUUCAUUAUUUCUUUCUUGCGGCAUUUUGUUGGAUGCUAUUGGAAGGAUAUCAACUUUAUUUGAUGCUUGUACAGGUCUUCGAAGACGAGGAAGGCAAAACUAUCGUCUACUGCCUUUUUGCUUAUGGCUUUCCAGCUGUUAUUGUUGCUGUCACUGCCGGAGUGGCCUGGUCAAAUUACAGUACUGACCAAUAUUGUUGGUUGAAUGUUGAAACAUCAACAAUAUGGGCUUUUGCUGGGCCUAUUGCAUUUGUCAUUUUGGCCAAUAUAGUGUUUCUUGGUGUUGCACUACGAGUGGUACUUUCGGUGCCCAACCGUUGUCGAAGCCGUACGAAACAGAUGUUAGGUUGGUUAAAAGGCUCCGCAACGCUUUUAUGUUUAUUAGGUGUCACUUGGAUAUUUGGCUAUCUAAUGGUCAUCCAGGGAGCCGGAACUGUUUUUGCAUAUAUUUUUACGGUUCUUAACUGCUUGCAGGGCGUAUUUAUCUUCGUCAUUCACAUUAUUCUGAAUGACAAAAUGCGUUCGAUGUUACUGCGUUGCAUACGGAUGAAUAUUUGUUGCGUGUCAGAUACCGCCAAUGCAGCACAUGUAAUUAGCAAUCGUCAAAAGUUAAUCGAUAUGAUGAAGAAUAGUGAUUCAUCUCGUGUUUCUUCACAACCGCCGAUCGUAAGAAAUAUAAAGAAAGAGAAAGAAGGAGUGUUUGUUGAGAAAAUAUCACCACGAAUAGGAAAAGGAAGUCCAACAACAAUGAUAACUUAUUUAGACUGGAAAAGAAAAGUAGGCAAUGAUUCUAUUAGUGUUCCAUCGGAUGAUUCUGGAAGCGGUGAUUGCAAGAAGACAGAGAAUCUUCCAAUUUCUUCCGAUAUUGCAACGAUUAUUAAUCAAUCUCAGAAAAAUUCUGAUAUUAAUGGCAAAAAAAUAUCUUUUCCAAUACGUCGAAAAAUUAGUUACAGUAAUAGUGACGAGUUUAAAUCGAAACAGAAAAAACCUUCGGAAAAAUAA